AUGGAAAUAAUUUCAAGUGCUCUUGAUGGCACCUUGAACAGAGCAUGGAAGCGGAGGAGAUACCAGCGGUUUGAUGGCGGUUACAGAAGAAACACAAACAGCGUCACCUUCGGAGGAGGAAACCGCCGGUUUUGGAAAAUUAAAGCCAUUCCAAAGUUGCGAUGGAAGAAAGCUUCACCAAUCAGACUUUGGAUCAAGUUUAAGAACGCUUAUGUUAAGAUGAUGCUCCGAUUAGGUGGAAGUGACAACGUUUUUGACUCUAAGAAAGCUCCGAAGACUCUUCUGAUUUCAGGUGGCUAUUCGACUGAAGAAUUUCAGAGGAGAUUGAUUUACGAAAUCUCGAAGAACUUUUUCACUUCUCGUGAAUUGGCAACCAUAUAA